AUGACUAAAGCAUCACAAGUUACUUCACUCCUCGUUAAAAAGUUAGUCCCACAAGCACAACUCCCAGCUCGUGGAAGUGCAUUCUCAGCUGGAUACGAUUUGUUCUCUGUUGAGAAGAAGACAAUCGCAGCUGGUGAUAAGGCACUCAUUGAUCUUGGUAUUUCCAUCUCAGUACCUGCUGGUACAUAUGGACGCGUUGCACCACGUAGUGGAUUAGCUGCAAAGCAUCACAUUCACACCGGUGCUGGUGUCAUUGACGCUGACUACCGUGGACGCGUUUUUGUUUUAUUGUUCAACUUAUCCAAGAAUGACUUUGAAAUCAACGAAGGUGAUAGAGUUGCUCAACUCAUCUUAGAAAAGAUCGAAAGCUUCCCAGUUGAAGAAGUCGAAGAACUCGACGAAACUGUACGCGGUGCAGGCGGAUUCGGUAGCACAGGU